UGGGUUCCAGCUGGCGGACGGAGACUCAGAUUGCACUGGUCGGGUGGAGGUAGAGGCACAUGGGGUGUGGAGGCCCCUGUGUGCCACUGCCUGGGACCUGCCUGACGCCCAUGUCCUCUGCCACCACCUGGGCUGUGGCUCUGCCAUAUCCCUGCCCCCCCCAGGCCAUUUUGGGACAGGGAUGGGGACACUGCGACGUGAUGCUCUCAGGUGCAGUGGGAAUGAGCGGCACCCAGGUGAGUGCCCUGUGGAGGUGCUGGGGCAGCCCGCCUGCCCAACUGGGCACACCGCUGCCGUCAACUGCUCAGGUGUCACCAAGCCCCUGAGGCUCCACGGUGGGGAAAGCCAUUGCGACGGACGGCUGGAGGUGGCCGUGCGCCCCGGUGUCUGGGCCCGUGUGUCUGUGGGGCUGUGGGACAACGGCACUGCCACCGUGGCGUGCCGGCAGCUGGGCUGCGGUGUGCCUGAGAAAAUCUAUGCUGCGCCGGACAAUGGCUUGGGCCCAAUGGAGCUGCAAGAGCUGCGCUGUGUUGGCACCGAGGAGCUCCUGGCACAGUGUAACACCUCGGGAAUGGCCAGCGA